AUGAGAAUCCCCAAAGAUGACACUGUACCACAGCUACCAAAAGCGAACAGCUGGAAUGGGACCACUGUGAAAGCUAAGGAUCCUUAUGCACUGAUGCGCGAUUCUAACGCAAACACUCGACUUACGGCACAGCAUUAUCUUUGGAAGGAGCUACUUGGGUUCUUGGUUCAUCCCGAUAUCGACACUCGUGCUGCUGACUUGAGAGUCGCUGAUAUUGCUACUGGAAACGGUAUUUGGCUUCACGAUUUUGCUCGUGGAAAACCACCGUCCGUUGAUCUACAUGGCUUCGAUAUCAGCCUGGACCAAGUUGGCCCUAAGCCAUGGCUACCCGCCAAUAUACACAUGCAUAUCUGGAAUAUUUUUGAAGAUGUGCCGGAUGAGUUCAUAGGCUACUUCGACAUUGUACAUGUUCGUCUGAUCACGGUCGUUGUCAAGAAUAAUGACCCUAGGCCGAUUCUAGCAAACUUGAAAAAGUUAUUGAGACCCGGCGGCUACCUUCAGUGGGACGAGGUUGACACCAUUGGAUGUUCAAUCAAAUCGGUACCUGGGACGUCAGCGUCAAACCUUGAUGCACUCUUCUCCCAGCUUAAAGGAUAUGACACUUGGAAAUAUGGCCUUACGCAAAUAAUGGAUGAAAAUGGAUUCACCGGCUCAAUGCUUUAUACGUACGAAUACGGACUCGGAAAUGCUCGGUUUUGGAGUGAUGUAUAUGUGAGCACAUGGAAGGAAUUUGCAGAAAACGCACUCAAGACACCGGAGGCAUCCAAGAAGCUAGAGCACAACGCGAUGAUGGAGACUUUGAAUGGUGCUUCGAUCAUGGUUCCAAAACUGGUCUGGGUCACGAAGAAAAUUGAUGGAACGGAGCAGUGA